UUUUAAACAGAUUUAUUUAAAACACACUUGCGCUCGACUCACAUAUCAAAUGAAAAUUCUAAGUAAUUCUCUUCUGUCGAUCACUUCAAGGCGGACAGCCGAUCGUCGAAGGAGGGCGUGGCCCUAUGGAUACCUCCGCCGAACCAGGUCGAAUGCCACCCAGCUCUCCGGAGCACUCAACGUCGGGAUGGAGCAUGGGUGGCCGUUGGGGCCUUCUGAGCGGCGCAAGGAGAUCGUGCACUUCGUCAAGAUGGGCAUCCUGCUGCUCAUCUGGUUCGUCUGCACCUGCAUUGUGUUCACAUUCGCCGCGGCGGUGGAGCCACAGAGCACCAUGGUCACCGUGGAGCCCAACAAGACCGCCCUGAGGAAGGUGGAGCUGCCCAACGAGGCGGUGAGGAUCACGCUCCAAGGACCCGUGAACGUUUACUCCACGAACUAUCCCGAGGAGCACCACGGGGGCUACGGAGCGGGUUUGCGGGUGGAGUGGCGCAGCUCGGACCUUAAUGUGACCUACAGUCGCACCGCCAUGUGGAACAUCGCGAUGGAGAGCGAUCCCGAUGUGUACGAGGCGGUGGCGAAGGACUUCAGGAUCCCGCGGGAAGGUGGCGCGGGCGCCCAGGCAGUGGUUUCCCUGGAGAGCAGGAGCGACUCGCCGGUGUCCUUUCACAUGACGAUGGACACUGGAGCUCUGCUGACGGACAUGGCUGUCCUGUGUGGCGCCCUCCUGCUCCUCGUCCUCUACUUGCUGAUCAUCUUCGACAUCAUAGACCACACGUUCGCGGCUCUGAUCAUUGCCACCACCGCGAUCGCCACGCUGGCGACCCUGAACCACCGACCAAGUGUGGAGAAGAUCGUCUCCUUUAUCAACUUCGAACCCCUGAUGCUGCUCUUCGGACUGAUGACCAUCGUGGACAUCAUGGCCACCACUGGGGUGUUCGACUACCUCAUCGUGUGGACCUACAGGAUCUCCAGGGGUCGUCCUUGGUGGCUCAUCUUCUUCCUCAGCAUGAUGACCGCCUUUCUCUCCGCUCUCCUGAACAGCGACAUCAUGGCACUGGCUCUCACCCCGAUGACCAUUCGGCUGUGCGAGGAGAUGUCCUUGCGGACCACCUACGUCCUGGUGGUGGUGGCCUUAUUCGCGGACAUGGGUGGAGCUCUUACCCCGAUGGGGAACCCGCCCAAUGCGAUAGUUACCACCAAUCCCACGGUGGUGGCCCAAGGAGUGGACUUCGUCAACUUUGUGGUGCACAUGGCGCCGGGAGUCCUGGUUUCGAUGUUCGUAGUGUUCGCCAUAGUCUACGUGACCCACAGGAAGACCAUCUUCGUCCUGGACCAAAAUCAGACCGAACUGGUGGAGAAAAAGAACAAGGAGAAGGAGCCACCCAGCCAGGAAACCAAGGAUCGGAUAGAGCAGCUGAAGAAGAAGGAGUACGGGAAACACUGGCUCAAGCCGGUGGACAACUUCCCGGAAACGCUGGCCAACCUGGAGGCGGAGAGUCGGAUUAGGGACAAGCCCCUCCUCAUCAAGUGCUGCAUCGCCCUUGGAUUCGCACUGAUCUGCAUGAUGCUCCACUCGAUUCCCCAAGCCGCAGAUGGCGCCUCCUUGGGCUGGGUGGCCAUUCUGGCCACCAUCCUUCUGAUCAUCCUGCGUGACAACCACGACUUUGACGCCUCUCUGGCCAUCAUCCAGUGGACCAUCCUGCUCUUCAUCGCCGCCAUAUUCGUGUUCACGGAGGUCCUGUACGAGCUGGGACUUUUCGAGUGGCUGGGGGAUCGGGCCGUGAUGCUCUUGACCAGGUUGAAGAUCGAACACCAGUUGGCCGUCACCAUGAUGGCGAUACUCUGGUCCACAGCCCUGCUGUGCAUAUUCAUCGACAACGCCGCAGUCACCAUCUUCAUGCUGCGGUUGUGCUUCCAAAUGGACGUCAAGGACCACAUUCCACUUCCCCCGAUGUUCUGGGCCCUGACCUUCGGCGCCUGUUUCGGGGGCAAUGGAUCCUUGUUCGGCGCCGUGUCCAACGAGAUCAUUGCCCUGAUCGCCCUGCAGCACGGCUACAAGAUAACCUUCUGGCACUUCUUCGUCAUCGGGUUUCCAAUGAUGCUGGCAACCCUGGUCAUCGGGUCCGCUUAUCUCCUGAUUGCGCAUGUGGCUUGCAGUUGGCAUUAACAGGGGUUGGGGAAUAUCUAUCCUAUCAAAGUAUCAAUUUGUGGCGAGUUGGCAAGUCCGCGUUGCCAAUCCAGGGAGUCCAAUGCUUCAGCUGGAGUGGGCACAGGAUCCGGCGACGUGCGGUGUCCUUCCAAUGAGUCCCACUGC